UCUCUGUCUGAGAGAAUAGAGCUGCAGUAAAGUGCAGUUGUUGUUGUUUUGAUAUUUAUUUGUUUGUUGUUCUCCUUGUUUGUUGUUUAUAAAUUUAUUUAUUUUUCUUGAGGGGGGUGAAUCUAUCAUUGGUUCGAUCCUGAUUUUUAUUUUGCCUCUACACCUACAACCACAACACACGUGUGCAUGUAUAGUGCACAGUUUAAAUAUAUGGCGCUGCAAGCACUAGUAUAGUAAUAAUAAUAUAAAAACAAUAGUAAUUUUACGAGGCGAAUAAAUAUCAUUAUUAUUAAAAUGUUCUCUGAUGCAGUCUGAGAAGCAACCAAUUGGGACUUGUUUUGGGUUAGUAGGCUAGUCGGUUGCAGCGGGCAAGUGGAUCAGUGCCGUGGGCUCGGUGCACACUUCUCCUUGUCACGUGUAGCUGCUCUUUGGAAAGGUUAACGCGGCUGUGCAGUCCUCCGGUUUAACUCUUCAGUCGCCGCCCAAGAAGCCUCAAACACAAACCGGGAAGCGCAAAGUCACUCACGAUCGAGCCACGAGUGCUUCGGUUUCGCUUUUGGGUUCUCCCUUCUUCUUAUUUAAAAUGGGAUUCCCCGCCGCACCCGAGCCCCAAAAUAGACAGAAGGUCUUACGGUGAAGUUAACCCGGUUUGGUGACUGCAGCUCCUGCAAAGCUUUUCAUAUUGACAUCUACAACAGACAAAACGAAGAAGGAGGAAGAAAGAGAAAGAGAGAAAGAUUCCCCGAGAGACUGACACACUGAGAUUCUGUCUCCAUCAGGAGUCAGAAAUACCUGCAUCGACACUGAACCCAAAGCUACAAGUGGAUAAAUGAGGGUGUCUGGUGUUGAGCUGCAAAUGUUCUGGGUGUUCUUGGCUAAUUUGGACACUUGAGCUCCCCCCGUCAUAACUGAACCUGAGAAUAAAUUGAAGAUCGAGCUCUUCAAGAAGCUUUGAAAGGUGUUCCAUCACCAAUAUCUGUGACCUGUUGUUUUUUUCAAGUCUACCGUUCAGACUGGCUAGCACCACACAAGAAUGGAAAAUCUGACUUCAGCCCUCAAAAACUCAGGAAGUAACAUAAACUGCCUUGAGACCUUCACCGGUUAUGAAGAGUCUAUUCCCCCUCUCCAAGGGACACCAUCUCGCAUGGGCCGCAUCAUCAAACCCAAACCCAAUAUGACCUGCAGGCGAAAACGCGAAUUCAUUUCAGAUGAGAAGAAAGAUGCUUCUUAUUGGGAAAAACGGCGCAAGAACAAUGAGGCAGCCAAACGCUCCCGUGAGAAGCGCCGUCUGAAUGAUAUGGUUUUGGAGAACCGUGUCAUCGCACUGAAUGACGAAAAUGUGAGGCUCAAGACAGAGCUGCUCCAGCUAAAACUGCGCUUUGGCCUUAUAAGCACUGCUUCUUACAUUGAAAAGAGUCAGCAAAUUGAGGGAAGCAACAGCACUGGAAAUGGAGGUUCCUCGUCAUCAUCAUCCUCUCAGUACUACUCCAGCGGUUAUUCCAGCAGUUCUCAGGUGAUGAUGAACUCUGACUCCUCUGAAACUGAGCAGUCUGGUCUCAGCGAGGGCCACAGGCAGCGGGUGAAAUACUCACCACGUGGUUCUCUGUCUGACAUGUCUGAUGGCUCCUCCAGAGACAGCCCAGAGCCAAUUCCCUUUGAGAUCAAACAGGAAGGUGACAGGCUAGAGAUGGACAUUACCAAUGGCACUACCACCCAGAUUAUGUUUCACAUACAUCGAGGUCUGGCAUCUGUACCCACUCAUCACCAGCUCCAGCAGCAUCCUCAGCAGAUGGAGGCCGCUUAUCACAGCCAGCAACAGCAGCAACACAUUCAUCAACAACAACCCCAUCAGGAGCCUGUUGCUUCUAUCAAUAAUCAACUUGCCCCUCAACCACCUGCUACCCAGACAAGUGUCAUUCUCUUUGGCUCCAGUUGUGCCUCUUAUCCCGUGGACAGCUUGACACGAUCCCAAGACAUCAAUGUGCAGAAGCAGAGCAGAAGUAGCAGUCAGGCAUGUGCCAGCCAUCAAGCCCAGUCCUUUGGGGAGAGCACCUCAGAGCCUCUUGCUGAGAUGACCAAACAACUGGAGAGGAAAGCAUUAGACUCCACUUCAUAUGAGCUCUCAGGCAGCCACAGUGAAGAUGGAGAAAGGCAAGUGUACAACAGUUGUCAUUCUCCAGCGCAGACCUUGCACGAGCAGCAGGACUCCCACUGGUCCAGAGAAUUGAUCCACAAACAAAUGAAAGAAAUCAGCCAAUCCCAUCUGUAUCACCAACAGCCUCCACCUUCAUAUGUUAGUGCCCAAGAUGAGGAACCACCUGUUCUUACCUAUGAGGGUGAGUUCCCAAAUGACGCUUACUCCCAAGGCCAAUCAAGCUCAUCUAGUAAAGACACGUCAUCUAUUGAUAGUGAUCCAAGGAGCUCUGACAAAGAAGCCUCGACUGAUGAUGACGAGUCUCAUUCCCCAUCCUGCUCAGACAACUAUCACAACCGAGAUCUCAACAGCAUCCACGAGCCUGCCUCGCCUCAGCCCACGUCCCAGAGCUGCUCUCAGGCCCAAGCCCGGGACCCCCAGGGGGAGGUGAAGGGCACAGCAUUACCCCACAAACUCCGGCUUAAACAUCGGGCCAUAAGCUCCGGGAGCAGUGGAGGUCAUUGCUCCGGCCAAGAGUCCCCAACCACACCUCCUUCUGCCAUGUCGCCGCCCCUCCCUCAACAUCCCUAUUUGUCCCUGUCGCCACAACAGAACAUUCAGAGAGAGAGCCCAGCCCUCGUCACGAAAGAGGCAGCAGCAUCAGAGGGGGAAGAAGCAAGGAAACACUACGGGAAAAAGGAGAUAGGUGGACGACGGAAUAAGAGACGAGAUUAGGUGAAUACAAAUUGAUCCCAGCCAAGCAUUCUCCAGUGAUAUGUGUAGUAAAGACAGUUUCUCUCCUCCGUCACCAUCCUGCCAUAAUGCCUUUGCCUAAGGUCACCCUCCAAUCCCCUUGGGACAUGAAGCAAGGCUGUUUUACACCCUGCACCUCAACGUCACCAAAAACGCUGGACUUGUUGACUUGUAGGACUGUAUCAUACUUGUAAAUAUUGUACAGAUUUGUCAUUUCUUACAUUCUCUCCAUACCAACAGAAGCACUUUUUAUGAGAUGAGAGGAGGAAUGGAACUGCAUCCUUUUCUUCAUUUGCCAUUUAUUUCGCACCGUAAAAAAAAGAGACUCAAAAUGGAUUUGGGUGAAAAAUGAAUGUAAAGCAAUCAGUCUCGAGCUUUAUCAGGACAAUAAAUUUACCGCAUAUCCGACUGCAGACAAGCAUGGUUGGCUGUAUAUGCCUUAAUUGAAAUGAAACGCCAAUAUGCUCACGGGGCGUUUGCUUGACCAAAGACGCUCUAACACCAUCAAUACUACAAAGUUCGAGUUCCAUACCUCUUCCCCGACCCUACCUCUGCAAUCCAUAUUCCCCCCCCUUAUUUGACAAAAGAUCUGUUUCACCUUUAUUUUUUAAGCACUUGUUUUGUAUAUUCCUGUGAGAUAUGAAUAUAUGUAUCUAUUCUAAAUAUCUAUUUUACAAUACGUUGAAUGCAAAUGCAGCAAACCUGCAACGAUCAAGGAUUUUGAAAUGACCAUCCUUAAAGGAAUCCGAAAGAAAUUACUGUACAGCCACACUGUCUGCUGUUGCUCCAGGACCCACUCAAAUCAAAAUGCCUCUUUUUUUGUUGUUAUGCUUUAGCAUUAAUCAUUUGUUCAUUGCCUGUUUACACAGAAAUGGCUGUCCAGUUUGAUGAGCCAAACAGCACUGAAUGGAGAACUUUAUUAUUAUUACUUUUUUUUUUUCUGGGGCGAGCGCCUCAUUCAAAUGUUUGGAUUUCUUAACCUAUAACCAGCCUUUAAAUAUGUGGUGGAUUUCACCAGCUGCAGGCUCGAAGCCUUUAGUUUAUUUGAGCUUUAUCAACCAUAUCUGUUGUCACCGUUCACUGGCCCAAUGUAUUUAUUUCCCUCUUCUCCACUUGCCCAUCACUGUAUAAAAAGCCCAUAGGAACAUAGACGCAAUGUGUACAGACCUAGCACAAAGAUCCACUGCAGGCUUAGAGUUUGAACUGUGAGUAGGCAUUUUGUUGAAUGGGAUUAAAAAAAAUAUGAUGCGCUAAACUUUAAAAAAAAAAAAAAAAAAAAAGUGCUCUCAUUGACAUUGAAUACAUUGUAAUGUCAAAGUUAAAAUUUGGCCAAAGAGUAAUUUGCCAAAUAAAGAUUUAAAGUCAUUAAGUUGGCCUUUACCCAAAUGCCUGCUCAUUGAGUAUGUGUGUAGCCUGCACUGGAUCGAAGUUAAACUGACGUAUAUGUACCACGUUUGGCUUUUUGGCACUUGUGUAUAAAUGUAAAGUUCCCUCACCCCAGAACAACACUGUAAUGUUUAUUUCAUUGGUUUUAUAUCCUUGUUUUUUUUUUUUUUCAUCAGUGUUGUUCUGUUCUCUAUACUGUGUCGUUUUUUUUUCCCUCUUGAUUGUGAUGCCAUGUAUUUUCCUCAUACACCCCCUUGCCCGGCCCCUCUCCCUUUUCAGUGUUUAUUAAUCAGUAAGGUUUGUGGUUUUGCUGAUGGUUUUAUGAAAAAGACGAGUGGACAAAAAAAAAAAAGGAAACAGGCACAGAUUAAGUGGUGUUUUGAGAUGGGUGGCAGUUGGUUUGGCUGGUCUUACCAUCGCUUCCUUCAGAAAGGAAUAUGUAUGGAACAACACUAAUGAAGACGGGAGCAUUUCAAGAUCGAAAAAUAAAUAAAAAGAAUGUUGAACCAAUCAAA